CUUUGCUUGCCUCCUCCAUUUUUUUUCCUCCGAAACACCACUUCACAGUUCACACUCAUUUAUAGCUUCCACCUAUCCGUUUCAUCAUCACUACUUUCACAACAAUUUCAAUAACUCCUGCACUUCUAUUGUGCAGGAAGCAUCGAGUUCACUUUUCUUUUCAAUUUCAAAGAGGUCGAAAAUGGCACCAAGAAACAGUCGUGGCAAAGGCAAGGGAGAGAAGAAGAAGAAGGAAGAAAAGGUUCUUCCGGUUGUAAUGGAUAUCACUGUGAACCUCUCUGAUGGAACUCAUGUUAUUCUCAAGGGUAUAUCAACGGACAGAAUAAUAGAUAUUCGUCGGCUUUUAUCGGUGAAUGUGGAGACCUGUCAUAUCACCAAUUUUUCCCUAUCACACGAGGUUAGAGGGCAACAAUUGAAGGACCCGGUGGACGUGUUCGCACUGAAGCCAUGCGUCCUCACACUGAACGAAGAGGAUUAUGACGAAGAUAGAGCGGUGGCCCACGUCAGACGGCUACUGGAUAUCGUGGCCUGCGCCACGAACUUGGGCCACUCGCCGGCGGCGAAGAAUGGCAACUCUCAAACGGCGGCGACGGAGGUGGUUGACGGAGACAGCGAGAUAAGCCACUCGUGUCCUAGGCUCGGGAGCUUCUACGAGUUCUUCUCUCUUUCGCAUCUCACUCCUCCUCUCCAAUAUAUCAAGAAGACAGUGAAACGACAGGUUCCGGAGAUAUCAGAGGCGGAUCAUCUCUUCUCCUUUGAUGUGAAGCUAUGCAAUGGGAAAGUGGUGCACGUUGAAGCUUGCAGAAAGGGAUUUUACAGUGUUGGAAAGCAGAGGAUUUUUAAUCAUAACCUUGUUGAUUUGUUAAGACGGCUUGGUAGAGCUUUUGAUACCGCUUAUGACGAUCUUUUGAAAGCAUUUUCAGAACGUAACAAGUUUGGGAAUCUCCCUUAUGGAUUCAGAGCCAACACAUGGCUUGUUCCUCCAGUUGCAGCGCACUCAACAUCAGUUUUCCCUCCCCUGCCGGUGGAGGAUGAAAUUUGGGGAGGAAAUGGUGGUGGUCGAGGAAGGGAUGGACAAUUUGAUUUGAUUCCUUGGGCCAGUGAGUUUUCAUUUAUUGCAUCUAUGCCUUGCAAAACAGCAGAAGAAAGACAAGUUCGUGAUAGAAAAGCAUUCCUUCUUCACACUCUAUUUGUUGAUGUUGCCAUCUUCCAAGCGGUUGGGGCUGUUAAACAUGUUAUGGGAGAACCUGAUUUAAGCUUCUCAGUUGCAGAAAAUAGUAUCCUUUACUCUGAGAGAGUAGGUGACUUGAAUAUUAGAGUCUGGAAAGAUGCUUCUGUUGCCAACUGUAAAGUUGAUACCAAAAUUGAUGGAGUUGAAGCUACUGGAGUAAAUAAAAAGGAUCUAAUAGAGAGAAAUCUGCUGAAAGGAAUUACCGCUGAUGAGAAUACUGCAGCCCAUGAUAUUAGCACUUUAGGUAUUAUUAAUGUAAGAUAUUGUGGUUAUGUGGUUAUUGUGAAAGUUGAGGGUGGAGAAAAUGAAAAUGUCAACUUUUCAUCUUAUCAGAGUACUGAAUUGUUUGAUCAGCCAGAGGGUGGUGCCAAUGCACUCAACAUUAACAGUUUGAGACUACUUCUCAACUCAACACAGUCAGAGAAGAAUAGACCAAUGACUCAGAUGCAAAUCCCAGAGAGUGAAGAGCUUGGAGUUUCUCAUGCUUUAGUGGAGAGGCUUAUUAAAGAAAGCCUUGCUAAGCUUGAGGAAGAGGAACAUGGCUUGGACAAUUUCAUAAGAUGGGAACUGGGAGCAUGCUGGAUACAACAUUUACAAGACCAAAACAAUACAGAAAAAGAUAAGAAACCAUCUUUGGAUAAGGCUAAAAAUGAAAUGAAAGUUGAGGGGCUGGGAAAACCCCUUAAAGCUCUCAAGAAUAAUAAAAAUAAAUCUGAUCUAAGUAAUGUGACAUUGGCAUCUGAAAACACCAAAUCUCAUCUGGUAUUUGUUAGUGGAGAGCCUGAAAGUGCUCCAUUUCCCUCAGUAGAAUUGAAGCAUGAAACAACAGCAGCAGAAGAUGAGCUUGUGCUGAAGGGUAUGUUAUCUGAAGAAGCUUUCACUGGGUUAAAAGAAACAGGAACUGCACUUCACUGCAAGUCAAUGCAAGAUCUGAUUGACUUGUCUCAGAAAUAUUACAUGGACGUUGCUCUUCCAAAGCUGGUAGCAGAUUUUGGCUCAUUGGAACUCUCUCCCGUUGAUGGACGUACCUUAACUGAUUUUAUGCAUACAAGGGGUCUACGUAUGCGUUCUCUUGGACAUGUUGUCAAGCUUUCGGAAAAGCUAUCACAUGUACAAUCACUUUGUAUUAAUGAGAUGAUAGUUCGGGCUUUCAAGCACAUCCUGCAGGCAGUGAUUGCUAUUGUUGACAAGGAGAAAAUGGCCACAUCCAUUGCUGGUGCAUUAAAUUUGCUGCUCGGUGUUCCUGAAAAUAGAGAAUUAGAUAAAUCAAGUAAAAUGCACCCCAUUGUAUGGAAAUGGCUUGAGAUGUUUCUGAAGAAACGAUUUGAUUGGGAUCUUAGUAGCUUGAAUAAUAAUGAUGUGAGGAAGUUUGCAAUUUUACGUGGCUUAUGUCAUAAGGUUGGCAUUGAGCUUGUUCCAAGGGAUUUUGAUAUGGAUUCUCCAAUUCCCUUUCACAAAUCUGAUAUUGUUAGCUUGGUCCCGGUUUACAAGCAAGCAGCAUGCUCAUCUGCAGAUGGAAGACAGCUCUUAGAGUCAUCAAAAACAGCUUUAGACAAAGGAAAGCUUGAAAAUGCAGUUACCUAUGGGACAAAGGCUCUUGCCAAGCUUGUAGCAGUUUGUGGCCCCUAUCAUCGGAUGACAGCGGGAGCAUACAGUUUACUUGCUGUAGUUUUAUAUCACACCGGAGACUUCAAUCAGGCUACAAUUUAUCAACAGAAAGCUCUGGAUAUUAAUGAGAGAGAGCUUGGUCUGGAUCAUCCAGAUACUAUGAAGAGUUAUGGGGAUCUUGCAGUUUUCUACUACCGACUUCAACACACAGAGCUGGCUCUGAAGUAUGUAAAGCGUGCUUUAUAUCUUCUGCAUCUAACCUGUGGCCCAUCUCAUCCCAACACUGCUGCAACAUACAUUAAUGUGGCUAUGAUGGAGGAAGGUCUAGGAAAUGUACAUGUUGCUCUCAGAUAUCUUCACAAAGCUUUAAAGUGCAACCAAAGGUUACUUGGUCCAGAUCAUAUUCAGACGGCUGCAAGUUAUCAUGCAAUAGCAAUAGCACUCUCAUUGAUGGAAGCAUAUCCUUUGAGUGUGCAGCAUGAGCAAACAACUUUAAGAAUUCUGCGGGCAAAACUUGGUCCAGAUGACUUGCGAACACAGGAUGCUGCUGCUUGGCUUGAGUAUUUUGAGUCCAAGGCUUUUGAACAGCAAGAAGCUGCGCGAAAUGGUACUCGAAAGCCUGAUACAUCAAUUGCUAGCAAAGGCCACCUAAGUGUGUCGGAUUUGCUGGACUACAUUAAUCCUAAUCAUGAUCCUAAAGGGAGAGAUGUUGCUGUAAAGAGAAGAAGCCAAAUAACAAAGGUAAGGAUGGAAUCUGGCCAGAAUGUUGGCUCAGCAACUUCUGACGAGUCUUCAAAAGAAAGUUCAAGAGAGGCUUCAGAUGAAGAAGUACUUAUACCUGGACCAGGUGAUAAUGCAGAUGCUGAGCUGGAGACCAAAUCAGCAUCUGAUUCAGAACAUCCGAUUUUAGAAAAAACCUCCAAUGAAGAGCAACAAAUUUCAGGUGAAAUCUCAUCUGAAGCACAUGCUGAUGGAGAGGAUGGAUGGCAACCAGUUCAGCGGCCAAGAUCAUCUGGUUCAAAUGGCCAGCGACUGAAGCAGCGAAGGGCAACAAUUGGCAAAGUUUAUUAUCAGAAGAAGAACGUUGAGUCUGACAUAGACUAUCCAUGUGUAAGGAGUAGUGAUCAGAACAAUAGGUAUUACUUUGUGAAGAAGAGAACAAUAUCCCAUGGGGUUUAUGCAGAUAAUUAUACUGUAAGCAAAUCCCAAGGUACUAAAUUUGGAAGGAAAGUGGUCAAAGCUGUUACAUACAAGGUCAAGUCCAUGUCUGCAUCUGAUAAGAUUACUGCAAAGGAUCCAUCAGAAGUUGGUGACAAACUAUACAGUUCUUAUUCACAACAUGGGUCAGAUUUGUCACAGAAUGAUAUCAAUCCAGUAAAGACUUCUAUAGUUAGUCUUUGGAAAUCUCCUUCAUACAAGGAAGUAGCAGUGGCUCCUCCUGGGACAAUUUCCAAGUUGCAAGUCUAUAAUACUCAAAACGAGAUUCCUGUUAGCCAUGAAUAUGAUGUAGGAAAACAUGGAGAGGAAGAUAAUAAAGCAUAUGCAAAUGCUUACCCAACCCUAGAAGAGGUUAGCGAUACAUUAAAUGAAAAGGACAAUGAUUCUUUUCCAGAUUCUGUUGAUGAUUCACAAGAUAGUAUAGUUUCUGAGAAGAAAGAGAUGCAGUUUACUGAUGCUGUGCAAGACAAUUUUGAGAGUGAUAAGGGGGUUGAAUCUGUGGAUGUUGAGGUUCAUGAAGCAAGUAAUAAUAUUUUAAUGAUUGAUCCAGCGGAGGAUCCUGUGGAUUCUCACAAACUAGAACUUGACACAAGUAGCUCUGACUGUUUUGAAUUCCCCAUUCAUACAAAUGCCAUCUCACAAGAAGGUGAAGAUUUAAGAGUUAGUGUAUCUACGUCAAAUCAGGGUGAUGCCCAGGGCAUCCCAUGUAAGAAGUUAUCUGCAUCUGCAGCUCCAUUCAACCCGUCACCAGGCAUUGCACGUGCUGCACCAGUUGCUGUGAAUACAACUCUUCCUUCUGCUGCUGGUGCUGUUCCACCGAUUGGCCCCUGGCCAUUAAAUAUGAAUGUUCACCAUGGACCUGCUACAGUGUUACCUGCAGUUACCCCAAUGUGUUCCUCGCCUCACCAUGCAUACCCAUCACCUCCACCAUCACCAAAUAUGAUACAGCCAUUGCCAUUUAUCUAUCCUCCUUAUACCCAACCUCAAUCAAUACCAUCUAACAACUUUCCAGUAACUACCAGUGCAUUUCAUGUCAAUCAGUUCACAUGGCAAUGUGGUAUGAACCCAACUGUAUCUAAUUUUGGUCCCAAUGCUGUCUGGCCUGGUUGUUGUCCUGUGGAAUUCCCUCUUCCAGCACCUGUCAUCAAACCAAUCCCUGAUCCCAUUUUGGAGCCACAAAAACAGUGUCAUGUUUCUAAAAAUUCAAGUUCAGCUUUUGUUCUGCCAGAGGGCAUUAGUAAUGUCAUUGAAAUUAAGAAACAGGUGGAAGCCUUAGAAUCAGAGACCAGUGAAGAUGAAGUGAGUAGAGUUCAUUCAGAAAGUGUAAAGGAAAAUGGUAACCCUAAUUUUCAUGAGUCUGAAAAUGCUGAGAUCAAAUCAAAUCAUAACAUUGGUUUGAAUAACAACACUAGCAGAAGUGAAAAGAACAUGGAUGGUGAGAAAACCUUAAGCAUUUUGAUUAGGGGAAGAAGAAACCGAAAGCAGACGCUAAGAAUGCCAAUAAGUUUGCUAACUAAACCUAAUGGCUCGCAGUCAUUUAAAGUUAUUUAUAACCGCGUAGUCAGAGGAAGUGAUGCUCCCAAAUCCAUCAACUUGUCUUCUAGAAAAGAUUGUACAGCUACUGCUUAAACCACUAUUCUUUGUUGUUACUGAUGAAAUGUAGCAUAAUUAAUGCUGAUAAAGGAGAUACCUCAUAAUUUCACAUGCAAAAGGAGAUGCAAUAUUUUGAUUAUUUCUGGAACUCGAUUACAAUUUCCCUGCAGGUAGCCAUGUGGUAUGGCUUCUUGCCUUUUGGGAAGAUUCAGACUGAUAUUCUAUUUCCUAAGCCUUUAAUUUUGCAGAAGUUAAACUUUUGGUGAGGGAAGAUAACGUUGUAUACUUUAUUCAUUGUGGCUCAUACCCCCAAACAAAACAUGCUCUCAUAAAAAAGAAUGUAUCAUUCCUUGUUUGAAGUAACUUUAGUUGAAUCAAUAAUGCCUUUUCAUCACGGAAAUCAGAUCUGACCUUACAGAUUUUUUUUCUUGAAGACGGAGGAUGUGAUACUUUCUCAAUUUGAGGUACUUCACCUGUAUUGUUUUAUUGAUUCCUCUGUUCGAACAAGUCACGGUUUUAUAUCAUCUAGAAUGCACUGGGGCACAUUAUUUGUUGACUAGUUAGGGCGUGGAAAUGUUCUUGUGAAUUAAAAUCAUAUUGGAGUUGCUGUAGAACAAAUGCUAAUAAUCAUGUUCAGGUUGCAGGAUUGUUGCUAGUGUUUUGGGGUUUCAGGAGCGCCUUGGAGGUGACAACCUUGGUUCAUUAUGUAGUUAGAUCAAUUUUGAUAUACUGAAGGAUCAAAGAUCGUUUCUAAUUUUUUUCUUUGUUACAUCAUUGCCAAUGGCCUUUUAAAUUAUUUUGGUUCAUUAGUAUAUACUUUCUUUCUUAAUAUUUUGCUGUGUUUUAGUGGUUUUCUUUUGGUGUUUGAUUUGAUAUUUGAUUGUUACAAUUGAAAUCAUGUGAUAGAACAUAUCCAUGAAGAUCGUGUUUUUGGAUACAAAAACCCAAAAGUUUGAACUCUUAUC